UUAAUGCUAAAUUUUAAAAUCCACAAAACAAUGAUUUUUUAUUUCUAAACACGUUGUUUUCUAUAUAUAUAUAAAAUACCUACAAAUCAUAAUUCUUAUUUUUAAACACAAUAUACUUUUGACCUAGACCAAAAAAAAACUACAUUCUGUUUUUAAUAGAAUAGAUAGUCACGAAAUAAUUUUCGUUCGAUACAACCACUCAAACUAACCACUUUAAUCAAAAUUUUGAAUGAUUUCCUAUUUACUUAUGAGAUGUUUCCAAGCUAAUCAACAAAUUCAUGCAUACAUGUCAGUAUGCUAUUAGAUGAUUCCGACUUGCAUAUUAUUAUAAAUCAUUAAAAUAGGAGUGUAAAUAUUAUACACUGACUAAAUUAUGACAUUUCACCGACUACCAAAUACUAUAUGACAUGGUUAGAUGCAUAUGUACAAGAAAUUAAAAAUACUAGAGUUUAUUGCUUAUCCGAUUCCAUACCUUUUGUUUUGCUUCAUUAAAUUAGUCAAUAUUCGUCUUAUUGUUAUGUUAAUAUCAGAUAGGGCAUUUGAUGAUUUUUUCGGUUACUUAAGGCAUUGGAUGAUCACCAACUCCUUAUCUGAAGCUUAAUUAUUUGGGUAAUAAAAAAAUCAUUAAUAAUUAUUGGUUUAUUUUUGUGAUACAAGCAAUCAUAUCGUUGAAUAAAGGGCCAUCUAUAUAUAUGUAUAUGUAAUCAUGAAUCAAACAUGACGUUUUUUUUUUAAAUGUCACGGACCAUAUGUACGAAUAGUUGAAUAAGAUCCUCCGUGAUAACCUAUCGCUUGCGUAAUGUACAAAGGUUUAAAAGGAAUAAUAACUGGUGCCAUAUCUAAGUCAUUUAUAGACUCCAAAGACAUCAUGUAGUUGUAACCAUGAUUUGGGACGAGAUAUAUCAUAUUUAUUAUCAUAAUUAUUUAAUAUUUAAAACUCACUAUUCUCUCUCCGCCAAGGAAUGCACCACGCUAUUCCAAGUCAACACUGAAAAAAAAAUUCGGAAAAACAAAAACAAACAAAAUGUAUAAAAGUCAAAAACUUGCCAGUUUUUAUAUUUAGUAUAUACAUAUAAUCUUUGGUAUAAAAUCACCAAUCAUCUUCUUUUCUAUUGUCUUCAUCUUCACAAUCUUAAUCUUCUACAUAUCUUAGACGAGUUUCCGGAGGUGGAAAAUAUCAUCGUACGUAAAACAAAAUGAUGGGGAAAAGAAUAGCUUCAUUCAAGAACUUAGCCAAGAAAGCGAAGAGCUUCAAAAUGAGAGAAGGCAGCUCUGAGUAUGUUCUGAUCGGUGAGGGGGGCGACACUUCUCCGACGAAGAAGUCUACGGGGACGUUUGCUGUCUACGUUGGAGAAGAGCGCGUGAAGCAGGUGGUGCCGACGAGCUAUUUGAAGCAUCCUCUGUUUAGGAUGCUCCUUGACAAGUCACGUGACGAGUUUCACUGUUCCGACCAGAAGGUUAUGUUGGUCGUCCCUUGUAGCCUCUCAGCGUUUCAAGAUGUCGUCAACGCCAUCGAGUCUUGUAAUGGAAACUUCGAUUUCGGCGAUUUUGUUGAGGAGUUUCUUUGAUAUUUUAACGAUUUUCUACCUUCUUCUUGAUUAUUUCUUUCCGUUUUGAUUGUAAAUUUUUUUGUAUUGUUUAAAUCUUUCUAGGAAAAGAUACAAUCCUUUUUUUGUCAACAGAUAUAAUCAUUUUUUUUUGUCAAUUUUUUGGAAUGAUUUCCUUUUUAUUCAUGAGAUGUUUUCAAGCUUUUUAUCUUCGGUGGAUCGAUAUUAGUUUUGAAAAUUUUAUUUGUUCAUAUUUUUUGUUUUGAUAAAAUCCAUCUUAUUCAUAUUAAUUAAGACAACUAUUACAUAUCAUAAUUUUCUCUUAUAAAUUAUUUAUUAAACUAGAGUUAUUUUGGGAAUUGCAGUUUUGUUCUACAAUAU